AUGAACGGUCAACAGGACCCUCCGUGGCAGGCCGUCCCAGUCAUGUACCUCUAUUUCAGCGUCAUAGACUCUUUCUGGCGAAAGGACCUAAUUGAUGUCUUCACGGAACCGACUGGUUUUUCAAACAGCGACGUUAAGGGUCUUGAGGUGUGGCUCUACCCAGAUGCAGCGCAGCCGACAGCACUGAAUUCAUUCCUUGUGUCAUGGGCGAUGUUAGACGUGAUGGACAAACUGUUCACCACUGGAGACAAACAAGGAUGGAUGAUCUGGGACAUACCGGCUUUCGACAUUAUAUCUAAUAACCAACGAAAAAUUGGGGAGAUCCAUACGGAGUCAGGAUUGCCAGGCAAACUUUUCAAUAGCGACUUGAAUAAUAUAAAUACGUCUGAUGUUUCGGACGCGCUCAUUACUGUUGAUGUAACAUUUGACGGGGUACUGUUAGACGUCAGAUCUAUGCUGAUGCUAAUCUUUGAAGCCCUGUGGGUGUCUUGGAGACAAAAGCCGAAGCUCGAACUUCGAUUCGGUACUCAGUCGAAGUACAACUAUGGGCCAACAGCGACCGGCGUGCGGAUGUCCCUGACUCUGAGAGUGGAUAUUGCUCCAACUGCUACGAUGCUAGAUCUCACUCAAGGAUUGCGAACGCUGAUACAAAACUGCUUUGUAUUUGGUAGAUAUCAGAGUCUUCACGGCACUUUCAGCCUGAAAGAUCAGACAGUGUUUGCUGACGUUGCUCUGUGGUUCGAGCCGCCAAGAACAAACAAAACCAGGGGUGCUAAUCAAGACAUGUUCCUCGUUCCUGGCGCUGACAAGCAAGCGUGA